AUGAGAGCCUUGCAGGAGAUCAGGCGGUACCAGAAGUCUGUUGGAUUCCUCAUUCAGAAAGCCCCGUUCAUUCGGCUGGUGAAAGAAAUUUCCGACAACCUGACUUCACGAUUGGGCAGAUUCAGGUGGACUGCUGAAGCUUGCCUUGCCAUCCAAGAGGCAGCAGAAGACUUCAUUAUCAAAUUAUUGGCCGAUGGACAGAUGUGUGCCAUACAUGCUGGUCGAGUGACUUUAAUGCAAAAGGAUUUACAAUUGGCACGGCGGAUCCGUGGGCCUGUCCUUGGCCAGGCAAGCUUCUGA